AUGUUACAGAAUAUAGCUAGAGUAGAAAACUGUACGCUGUAUGUAUCAAAUCCAUCUGACUCUAGCGCACCAGCCAAAGCAUUCACAUAUGACAAUGUUUAUGAUGAACUCGCCCCAACUGAAUCUCUUUACAAUGAUGUGUGCUAUUCUUUGAUAGAUAACGUUUUAGAUGGAUACAAUGGCACAAUAUUUGCAUAUGGCCAGACUGGUUGUGGUAAAACCCAUACAAUGCAUGGGCCCGAUAUAACUGAAAUUCCAGAAGUUCCAAAUAGUCAACGUGGUGUUAUAAGUAAAUCGUUCGAUCACAUAUUUGAAGCGAUAUCGGUAGCAAGCGGAGUACAUUAUUUAGCACUUGUGAGUUAUUUGGAAAUAUAUAAUGAAACCAUUCGUGAUCUCCUAAGUUCUCCUGAGGGAUUUAACACAGCUCAUGCUUUAAAAGAAUUACCUGGUAUUGGAGUAACUGUUCCGACACUAAGUACUCAUAUGGUACAUAAUUCAAAAGAAUGCGAAACGUUACUAGCUAAUGGAAAUAGAAACCGAAAACAGGCUAUUACUCUUAUGAAUUCGUCCAGCUCACGAUCCCAUUCAAUAUUUACAAUAAGCCUAGAACAAAUUCAAAAUAAAUAUGAUGACGAUAUUAUUGAUACUGUACUUGAGGAUGUUUCAUCAAGCCGUAUACGUAGAGGUAAACUAAAUUUAGUUGAUUUGGCUGGUUCAGAAAGACAAUAUAAAACUGGAGCAGUUGGAGAACGACUAAAGGAAGCAACAAAAAUAAAUUUAUCACUAUCUGCUCUUGGAAAUGUUAUUUCAGCUUUAGUUGACGGAAAAACAAAACAUGUCCCGUAUAGAGACUCGAAACUUACCAGACUUUUACAAUAUUUAGUGUGA